AGGGGGCAGAAGUAUUGCCAUGGUGUCUCAAGGGUUGCCGUGGUCGCCGAAUGGAGGCACGGCGGUCGCCACAGUCAUCGUUCAAUGCACGCUGUUGGUCGCCCAAAUGAGGCAAAAGGGAGACAGAAGCUUCGCCCAGAUUGAGAGGGAAAACUUGCAGCAGAACACAGCUAUUACCUGGCGACCAUUGGGCGACCACUGUGCCUUCAUUCUGCAACAACGGCAAUGCUUGUGCCUCCCUUCUGCCCCCUUUGAGCCACCUUUGAGCAACCAACCUCUUCGGCGACCUUUGUGCGACUGUUUUGAACAUGUUCAAAAAUUCACGGCGACCAUGGCCUCGAUGUCCGAACCUCAUGUGUACCACCUUGGAACGACCUAGGCAACCAGUCUGCCUCCUUUGAGCCUCCAACGACGACCUGGCAAAUAACAUUGUCGCACACGGGAGGCACAAAGGUCGCCAUCCUGUGUAAAGGUCCCAUAAACCGACGUGUCACGUACAGGACGAAACUAACGCUUAGUCUCUGAAAAAAUAUAUAUAUUUUUAGCGGGCUUAAAAUUUCCAAGUCCCGUGAUGGGAUUCGAUACAAGGACCUUCUGAUCCGGGUUCAAACGUCUUGUCCACAUGACCAAAGAGGUUAAGCCCGUCAGCAGACUGACGAAGUAAGGGUGUCAUCUAUGGGACGAUUCAAGGCUCCGCUACAAUAGAAACAAACAACUACAUUUAAAUUGUAAAGGAGCCCCAGUUAGAUAUGGGAACCCGUGGGAAAUCUAGACUUGCUUCAUUUAGGACUCUAGUACAACAGUAACGGCUGAGCGGAAGGGAAAAUAGUAUGCAUCAGAGGCUGUGAGACAAACUAGAUAUAAAACUUUUUCAUUUUAAUUUCGUAUGACAUUUGAAUAUGACUUAACUGACUUAUGCUAAGUCAACAAAAUAAAGUGAAAAAUAAUUAUUGCAGACAUAUGGAUUCAAUGGGAUUUUUCCGUCCAACAUGACCUGUGGACUAUAUAUUUGGAGGAAAGCCGAGUGACGUUAAUGUUUUGUGUGGUCUUCUUAUCGAAAGCUUUUUGAGAGUUACCGGACUUUAAUAUAUCCAAGAUGGCUGCGCACAUGAACGAGUUACAAUUUCUGAAAUGAUUGCACAACACAAAUUAUACGGUUUCUUGUCAUAAACAGAAGGAGGGCCGUGUUCGACCGUUUAUAUUUGGAGCUUUGUGUUGUUCACUUGUUGUCAACCAUGCCUUCUGAUCUAAACGCAAUAUUUGACGACCUGUACCUCGGGAGUAUGGAGGCAGCUCUACACACCGACACUCUGAAGGAGCUUGGCAUCACUCACAUCUUGACCAUUGAUGACCGGCCCCUGUUACAGGAGAUCACAUGUCAUUUCAGCUGCAAGUAUGUCCAUGGACUGGACCUGCAAGACACGGAUCUCCUGACUUAUUUUGAUGAGUGUGUUGAAUUCAUCAACGAAGGAAGAAACAAGGGUGGAAUUUUAGUUCACUGUUUUGCGGGCAUGUCUCGUAGCGCAACAAUGGUGAUUGCCUACAUGAUGGCCAAGUGUCAGACCGAUCUUCAGGAGGCCUUGGCGUAUGUCAAGAAAAUGAGGAGCAUAAUCAGGCCGAACCGCGGGUUCAUGGAACAGCUUCAGCUGUAUGAAGACAUGGGGUGUCACAUCGACAAGAAACACAACGGCUUCCGGAUGUACAAACUCAAUCAGCUAGCGCUCCGAGUACAGGCUGGCGUGUACUCAGGGGAGGUCCCGUCCGACAUGUUUGCUGCUGAUCCAGACAGCCCCGGACAAGAUGAUGUGGUGUACAAGUGUAGAAAGUGUCGAACAUCUCUCUUCCGAAAGUCUGUCCUACUAAGUCACGCUAUUGGCGAAGGGGAAUCAGCAUUCGACUGGCGGGGGAAACAGUCAGCCAAUCACAGGACGGACGAAGACAAGGCCAAGUCAGAGAUGAUAUGCAAGAAAUCCUUGUUUAUAGAGCCUGUUAAAUGGAUGGCUGGAACGGUGGAAAAUAUUGAGGGGAAGCUCUUUUGUCCAAAAUGUUCAUCCAAGAUAGGCUCCUUCAUAUGGUAUGGCGAAAGAUGCCCUUGUGGGUCAUGGGUAGCGCCAGCCUUCCAUAUUCAAAACUCAAAGGUUGACGAGGUCAUACCCUGCCCUGCAAUCAAGAUCGCACAGCCUCGUCCACUGGUCAAUCAACAGCUGCCUGUCAUGCACGUCCCUGGUCCACUGGACGAACUGGCGCAGCUGAAUGAUGCGCUUAGUCAGACAUUAUGAUGAAACUCCUGUGACAAAUGGCCGCUAUGACUUAGAAUGUGUUUGUAUUACAUUAAGAUUAAUAAUACCGUAUUUGACGUAAUAAGCGCCCCGCUCUAACAAGCGCCCACGGCGAUAUUUACUAAUAUAUUGACUAGGGAACAAUCCCAAUUAGC